GAUGCCAGUCGGUCUUGUGUGUUGUGCCUGACAACAACUUCCGCAGUGGAACUUUUAGUGAGGAGCUACGGACCUCCACGCGGACCACGAAGAACGAAAAUGCCUGUAGAUCGUAGGCGAAUUCGGGGUCCAGAUGAAUCUCAUUCUCCUUAUCAUUUCAUCUCCAAUGAGUCUCUGAAAUCCCUCGCAUCUGGGGAUCGCCGUUUAGAUGAAAGCCAGCGCGGCCCCUCGGACCUGCGUCCGAUAUUUGCGCGGUGUGGACUGAUCAGUCAGGCCAAGGGCUCUGCUUACAUUGAGGCAGGCAAUACCAAAAUAAUCUGCUCUGUGUAUGGGCCCCGAGAAGCUGACCGCAGAGACGAAACCGACAUGAAAUCAGGACGUCUCGUCGCUGACAUGCGGUUUGCCCCGUUCGCCUGCCAUAAGAGAGGGGCAUGGGUGCAGGGUAACGAGGAGAAGGAUAUGUCGCAGGGCUUACUAGAGAGUCUACGGCCGGGAGUCUGCUUGCACAAGUACCCUCGCUCUCAGAUUGACGUUUGCGUCAUGGUUUUGGAGAGCGACGGGCCAGCUCUGUCCCAUGCGGUCACCUGUGCAUCCCUCGCUCUCGCGGAUGCAGGGAUCGAGAUGUACGACCUGGUGUUGGGAUGCACCGUCCGACACACUGGGACAACGCAGCUACUCGACCCCACUUUGGCAGAGGUCCAGGACGACAAGAAUGGUGGUUUCGUGGAGAACCAGGGAAGUGUGACUGUUUCUCUGAUGCCUAACAUGAAUCAAGUGUCAGGCUUGCAGUCGGACGGUGUUAUGGAGCAAGAGUCCCUAAAGGCAGCUGUCCAGGCGUGUAUUGAAGGCUGCUACAAACUGUACCCUGUCAUUCAACAAACCCUGCUGAAGACGGUGCGAAAAAAGGCACCUCCCUCAGAGAGCUAAAGUUGUGAUGGUUCAAGUUUUUGUAUCUAAAGUCAUCCCCUUAUAAUUUUGUAAUUGGCAAUAAACACACGUUUUAGAAUGUG